CCGUGCCUAAAAACUAAACACUAUCCUUCGUGGCCUCUAAAGGCUGGACUUUCUGUGCAAAGAACCCAACAAGAAUUGCUCCUUAUCGGCGUCUGGAAUCAUUGAAUAGAAGCAAGAGGACACCAAUCCUUACAAGACGUACAGUGUUCGAGGUGCAUACCGAGUUUUGAAGAUUCUGUUGACGAUACAGUUGGGAUCUCUCAAGCAAUCCAAGAUGAGGUGUCUAUUACUCUUGGUUGCUGUGUUUGUAUUAAGUUCGGCAGACAAUCAGGCCAUGAAGGAACGAUUACUCAGAGUUCUCUCUACAUUAGAGAAGAGAGCUGAAACCAUCAAUAAUCAAGCUGCAUCAUCGCCUCCAGUUGUUGAUGAACAAAUUGAAAGUGUAUCUGCUCAAGAAUUUCGAGAAAGUGUAGAGAAAUGGGGCGAUGAAUCAAAGAAAUUUACAGACAAAGUUAAUGCAUUGACACCAAUGAUUUUAAACACUUUGACAAGAACCCAAGAUUGGGAGUCGGUUGCUGUGAAGUUUGAGGAAAUUUUAAGUGGAGGCGAGGACUUGUAUAACACUGUAUUAGACGAUAUUUUACAACUUGCUGAACGAUUUUUCAACAGUAAGGUGAACCCUGGAUUUAAAUCAUCAUCUCGAUGUUCUUCCGUUCAACGUUUAUCUAGGAAUUAUGAUCCUCUGAAAGAUUCGCUAUCAGAAGUAAAAGUAAUCGAUGCUAUGGUAUCAGAUCUGGAUUGUUUCACUGGAGAAUUUAAAGAUAUUUCUAGAUCCUUUGAUAACAUCUGCAUGGACGAUGAUAAAUUGAGUGUUGAUAGAGCUCUAGGUAUGUUAGGUCAGACUAUAAAGUAUCUGUACAGGUUCCAGCUAGAUGGACAACAGUUUGGUGUGGCAGCUAAACAGAUGGGAGAACGAGUGGCUGAAAUGUAUAAAGCUAAGAGUGGCCAGUAAAAAACAAGAGGCCUAUAUUGAUGACGGAAUGAAUGAGAACUCUAGACGGAAUGAUAAUAAUAUGCCAGUACACCCCUCAACUCUGUAUUGCUCUAUUCUACACGUGUAUAUUUUCAAAGAUAAUACUAGAUUUGUAUCUUCAGACGAGUUUAUUUUCCAAAUGUGGGGAAUCUGUCAAAUUAUUCUUAAUCUUGAUGAUAUCUUAUAGCGAUGAAAUAAACUCUCUCUUUUCUUUUUUCUAUCUUUUUGUAUCUAAACUAACAAAAAUGUAUUUUUCUAUUCACCAAUAUCAUAAUUUUGAUCAAUAAACUUUCUUUAGCACCUAU